UUCAGCCAAUGGCUGAGUCCCAGGCACAGCCCAGCGUAGGGGCCAGGAGGAUAUAAAGCCAGGGUGGCAGAGCCAACCUCAGCCUAUAUGACAGGUCUAUAGGUCAGCUCUGGACCUACACAAGGAUUUAACUAAACAGAAUCAGAUGAACCAACACUAGUCUGUCAUACCAGCGCUCCAAACCCAUAGCUGCCGAUUGCUUCUGAUACUUAAACAGCCUCUAGGCCCUGACCAGAGGACUGAAGGACCUCAGUAUUCCUUUUCUGUAGUGUUUGACCUGUAGAAGCCAGUAGGUGUGAGGAGCCUGUAUUUACAGCCAGUCUGAUGGAGAAUGAUGCCUAUGACAGGAUCGGGGACGAACCCCCUAACUAUGAGGAGACGUCUUUCUCCGGUGGUACCACCUCUAACGGUAAUGGGACCGGUAACGGAGAGCACCGGGCCGUCCGUCCGUCCGUGGUCAGUGCGUUUGGUCAUGACACGCUGGAUCGUGUGCCCAACAUCGACUUCUACCGUAAUGCUGGGAGUGUGAGCGGUAACCGUGCGGUCCGACCGUCCCUGCAGGAGCUCCACGAUGUCUUCCAGAAGAAUGGAAGGAUCUCGGUGACGAACACGGUGGAGGACAGAGAGGGGAGUGACGGGACGCCGUCGGACGACGUGGAGUCUGUCAUUCCCCUGGACAACAAAGAUGGAACCGUGAGGUUCGGCUGGAUAAAGGGAGUCCUGGUGAGAUGUAUGUUGAACAUCUGGGGUGUGAUGCUGUUCAUCCGUCUGUCCUGGGUGUUUGGACAGGCCGGCUGGGGUCUGGGCAUUGUGGUCAUUGCUCUGAGCUGUGUGGUGACCACUGUCACAGGUCUCUCCAUGUCUGCUAUCUGCACCAAUGGAGUGGUACGAGGAGGAGGGGCGUACUACCUGAUAUCACGUAGUCUGGGACCAGAGUUUGGCGGUUCCAUCGGUCUCAUCUUCGCCUUCGCUAACGCUGUUGCCGUGGCGAUGUACGUGGUGGGCUUUGCAGAGACUGUGGUGGACCUACUCAAGGAAAACGAUGCCAUCAUGAUAGAUGAGCUGAAUGACAUCAGGAUCAUUGGCUGUAUCUCGGUGGUACUGCUGCUGGGGAUCUCAGUGGCCGGGAUGGAGUGGGAGGCCAAGGCUCAGAUCGGUCUACUGAUCAUCCUCCUGGUUGCCAUCGCCAACGUCUUCGUAGGAACCGGCAUCCCAGCCUCCACCGACAAGAAGUCCAAAGGAUUCUUUAACUAUGACGCCAAAAUAUUUAUGGAGAACUUACCGCCGGACUUCCGAGAUGGAGAGACGUUCUUCUCUGUGUUCGCCAUCUUCUUCCCUGCUGCCACGGGUAUCCUGGCCGGAGCUAACAUCUCUGGAGACCUGAAGGAUCCCCAGGAUGCUCUCCCUAAAGGAACCCUGCUGGCCAUCCUCAUCACUGGAGUCACAUACCUGGGAGUCGCCCUCUGUGUCUCUGCCACGGUGGUGCGUGAUGCAACAGGAAACAUCAACGACACCAUUGCCACAGGGAUGGACAUGUUGUGUAAUGGUACCAACACUGCUGCCUGUGAGCAGGGAUGGAACUUCUCCUCCUGUGAUGUCAACAGCUGCAAGUUUGGCUCCAUGAACAACUUCCAGGUGAUGACCAUGGUGUCAGGGUUCGGUCCUCUCAUCACAGCAGGAACCUUCUCUGCCACCCUCUCCUCUGCCCUCGCCUCCCUCGUCAGCGCACCCAAAGUCUUCCAGGCUCUGUGUAAAGACAACAUCUACACUGCACUGAAGUUCUUCGCCAAGGGACACGGCAAGAACAACGAGCCAAUCAGAGGCUACGUUCUGACCUUCAUCAUCGCUGUCGCCUUCAUAAUCAUCGCUGAUCUGAACGUCAUCGCUCCCAUCAUCUCCAACUUCUUCCUGGCAUCGUACGCCCUCAUCAACUUCUCCUGCUUCCACGCUUCAUACGCCAAGUCCCCAGGCUGGAGGCCAGCGUACAGGUACUACAACAUGUGGCUGUCUCUGUUUGGAGCGGUGCUCUGCUGUGGUGUGAUGUUUGUCAUCAACUGGUGGGCUGCUCUCCUCACCUACGCAAUCGAGAUCUUCCUCUAUGUCUACGUCACCGUCAAGAAGCCAAAUGUGAACUGGGGCUCGUCCACUCAGGCCGUGACGUUUGUCAGCGCGGUCAACAACGCUCUGUCACUGACCGGAGUAGAGGACCAUGUUAAGAACUUCAGACCUCAGUGUAUGGUGCUGACAGGAGCACCUAAAAACAGACCGGCCCUCCUGGACCUGGCUCAUUGUUUCACUAAGAACUAUGGACUCUGUCUCACAUGUGAAGUCUUUGUGGGCCCCAGGACAGAGACAUUGACAGAUGUGAACGCUGGAAUGGAGAAGAACCAGAUGUGGCUGAAUAAGAAGAAGAGAAAAGCCUUCUACGCUGCAGUGGCCUGUGACUCCUUCAGACAGGGAACUGAGAACCUCCUGCAGGCAUCAGGUCUGGGUCGUCUGAAACCCAACAUUCUGAUGAUGGGCUUCAAGAAGGACUGGAGGACAGCAGGCACAGCCGGCGUACAGAGCUAUGUAGGAAUACUGCACGAUGCAUUUGACUUUGAGUACGGAACCGUGGUACUAAGGAUGAACCAGGGACUGGACAUCUCACACAUCAUAAAGGCUCAGGAGGAGAUGGAGAGAGAGGCCCAGGAGCAGAAGGAUCUGGAGAAAGAAGAGCUGGCUGAGGAGAAUAAGGGGAAAUCCAUCUUCAGGAAGUCACGGAACUUAUCUACACAAGGCCUCACUUCGAGAGCAUCAGUGACGACCCCCCAGUCUCCCCAAGUAGUGGUGGUGAAUGAAAGGCUGGUGUCCACCAGCACUCAGUUCCAGAGGAAACAGGGCAAAGGAACCAUUGACGUCUGGUGGAUGUUUGAUGACGGAGGUCUAACCCUACUGCUGCCCUACAUCCUGACCACCCGUAAGAAGUUCAAGGACUGUAAGAUGAGGAUCUUCAUCGCUGGCCAGCCGGGACGUGUCGAACAGGACAGACAUGAGAUGAAGUCUCUGCUGGAGAAGUUCAGGAUCAAAUAUGCAGACAUCCACGUCAUCGACGACAUCACCCAAAACCCCAACUCUAACAGCUGGAAGAUGUUUGAGGACAUGAUCGAGCCGUUCCGUCUUCACGAGGGGUCAAAGAGCACCACUUUGGCCGAGGCUCUGAGGAAAGACAACCCCUGGAAGAUCUCUGACGCCGAGCUGGACACCUUCGAGGAAAAGACCAACCUCCAGGUCAGGCUGAAUGAACUACUGCAGGAGAACUCCCGAGCUGCCAACCUCAUCAUAGUGAGUAUGCCCAUCGCCCGUCUAGGCUCAGUCUCUGACCACCUCUACAUGUCCUGGUUGGACAUCCUCACCAAGAACCUCCCUCCCACCAUGUUGAUCAGAGGCAACCACAAGAGCGUCCUCACCUUCUACUCAUAGACCAACCCUCUCAGCAGUCACUAGAUGGCCAUGCCACAAGGGACAACCAAGGCACUUUCAUCAAUAUCCAGGAGUUAGUUGCUAUCAGUUUAAAUGAAAAGGUGUUGGUUAGGGAUAAGGUUAUGGGAAAGGUUAAAGGUUAGAAAGUGAUGCUCUUCCGUCUUUUCUAGCAUGAUCAAAUAGUGACGACGCAACACAGAUAUUUGGACUCAGGGAUAUAUGGGCACAAGGACCGGACACUGCCUGGGAUGGGUCAGUUACACUGCCAGUGCCUAUGCUGCACCCCGUUGGAAUUGUACAUGUGGUGCAUAAUUAGGGGUCCAAGCCCUGAAUUGGGCCGGAAAACUCUUAUUAUUAUAUAUAUAUAUAUAUAUAUAUAUAUAUUAGUCAUGUAACAGAUGCUCUUGUCCAGAGCAACUUACAGUUAGUGUUAUUGUUAAGGAUAUUAUUAUUCUGACAUAUUAUUAUUAUUAUUAUUAUUAUUACAAUUUCAAGAGAGCUAUAGUGCUUAAAUAGUUUGACCUACAGAGACCAAACUUGGAGGGAUGGUGUAAAUUGGUGACCCAAUACAUCUGGUAAAUCUUUGGUAUACGACUGGGAUGUUAGAUGACAGACUGGUCCCAGGCUAGUUGGAGCCCCCUGCUGGCUAUGCAUCUCAAUACGGUAUACUUUUUCCUUAAAUGUACACUUGUCCACUACCCACAUAGUGGUCCUCUGUAGCACAGUUGGUAGAGCAUGGUGCUUGCAAUGCCAGGAUAAUGGGUUUGAUAUCCGGGACCAUCCAUACGUAAAACAUUUUUGGCACGCAUGACAGUAAGUUGCUUUAGAUAAAAGUAUCUGAUAAAUGGCAUUAAUGAUAUUAUUCUAUAUUAUGAGAUUGGUGUAAGAGCAAGAGAUUGAGUCAAGACCAGAACCUGUAGUUAAUACAUACAGGCUCUUCCAUAGUUCUCAACCCUGAGGCCAGCAUGGGUUAGUGCCUUUGUCUUGUAAUACAUUCAUGCCAACCCAUGGCGGCCCAGGUUCAAAUCCCAACACUGCUGCUUUCAGAUAGACAUCCCUAGACAGUGAGGUAUUGUUGGUGUUGUGGCUGAAUUUGAUGACUUAAAUAAUGGCGAAAUAUUUGAGAAAGGGUAAAAAAGCUUGGGCCUGGGGCGGCAGCGUGGUUAGAGUGUUGGACUAGUAACUGGAAGGUUACAAGUUCAAAUCCCUGAGCUGACAAGGUACAAAUCUGUCGUUCUGCCCCUGAACAAGGCAGUUAACCCACUGUUCCUAGGCCAUCAUUGAAAAUAAGAAUUUGUUCUUAACUGACUUGCCUAGUUAAAUAAAGGUAAAACAAUUGCUGCUUGCAGCUAGCCUAUAUGUAUAAUUCUUAUUUUGGGGGAACAACAGAUGAUAUACACUGAGUACACAAAACAUUAAGGACACCUGCUCUUUCCAUGACAUAGACUGACCAGGUGAAUCCAGGUGAAAGCUAUGAUCCCUUAUUGAUGUCACUUGUUAAAUCCACGUCAAUCAGUAUAGAUGAACGGGAGGAGACAGGUUAAAGAAGGAUUUUUAAGCCUUGAGACAAUUGAGACAUGGAUUGUGUAUGAGUGCCAUUCAGAGGGUGAAUGGGCAAGACAAAAUAUUUAAGUGCCUUUGAACGGGGUAUGGUAGUAGGUGUCAGGCUCACCGGUUUGUGUCAAGAACUGUAACGCUGCUGGGUUUUUCACACUCAACAGCUUCCCAUGUGUAUCAAGAAUGGUCCACCACCCAAAGGAUAUCCAACCAACUUGACACAACUGUGGAAAGCAUUGGAGUCAACAUGGGCCAGCAUUCCUGUGGAAUGCUAAUUGAGACUGUUCUGCGGGCAACUCAGGAAGGUGUCCUUAAUGUUUUGUACACUGUGUAUGUAGGCUAGUAUGCACAAAUAUGAUGGUGUUCUAGGAAAUGAACAUUAUAGAAAACAAAUUACCUAUGCAAAAAGUGAUCAAUAUACAAAUAACAGUUUUAAAAAAAAAUUAUAUUCAAAUGCUACUAGUGGCGUUGAUAACUUGAUAAAAAAAUUAAGAUUAGUUUGAUAUCCAUUGAAGAAUACUGUAUAAUACUUUGUAUAGAUGUGUAUAUUCCACACAAGUAGCUACUAGUUGAAUGUCUAGGGAAAUAAUGAAGGGAUCAUUUACUACCUUAAUACACACACUCAUGCACACACGUACGCACGCAGGCACGCACACACACACACUGUGAUGAAAAUCUAUUAAAACAAAACAGGAAAAUGUAAAUCAACCUAUGUGCAGUAUAUUUUCAAUAUAGAAAUGCUUGCUUUAUUUCUGUAUUUCAACCAUUGUCUUUUAUAAGACUCAGUCAUUAUCAUAUUUAACUGUAAUAUUUUAAUUAAUGUAUUAUGAAGAAGGAAUAAAAUGUUGAGUUACUCUUA